AUGCUCCGAACCACUCCCGCGACUUUCACCGCUUUCCUCCAAACCAUACCAUGGGACACAAUCCCCCCAUCAUUCCAAGACGCCAUCUCCUUCGCGCGCAAACUCGCCCUACCAUUCCUCUGGAUCGACGCCCUCUGCAUAAUCCAAGACGACGCAAAAGACUGGCAGCAGCAAUCCAGCGCCAUGGCCGACAUCUACCAAGGCGCAUACCUCACCCUCGCAGCAACAAGUUCACCCAACGCAGGCGGAGGCUGUUACACGCAAAUGCACACAUCGCCUGCCCACCGCUCCACCAGCCCCUUGCUUACAAUACACUCCGCGAACUCCACCCGCUGUCUCUCCGCGCGCCCCAAAUUUACCCACAAAAUGUCCCGCCUCCCGCUCUUAACCCGCGCAUGGGUCUACCAAGAACGCAUCCUCUCCCCACGCGUCCUGCACUUCGCCGACGAAGAACUCGUAUGGGAAUGCCAGCACGCCGUGACGUGCGAGUGCAGCGGAGACAAUCUCGAGGACAGGAUGGAGCACGCACGCAUCUCGCUAUCGAAUAGCUUCGGGCUGAUUGGGCCGCACAGGCGGCAUCCUGCGCCGCUAGAUCUCUGGUUCCAGAUCGUGGAUGAGUAUACGAGUCUCAGGCUGAAGUUUGCGAGUGACAUGUUGCCCGCGUUGUCGGGGAUUGCGAAGGCGUUUGCGGAGAGGUGUGGCGGUGGGUAUGUUGCGGGCAUGUGGAGACGCACGCUAGUGAGGGAGAUGUUGUGGUAUAGGCAAGAGGUGGAUGGGAGUGAGAUAUACAGGGGUGAAGUUAGGCCGUGGAGAGCGCCGAGUUGGUCGUGGGUGUCGAGGGAUUGGCCUGCGGAUUUCAGGGUUUUGCCUACGACUCGGGAGAUUGCCCAGGUGCUGGAUGUUUCUUGUCAGCCUGCUGGUGCUGAUCCGACGGGGCAAUUAGAGUCUGCGACGCUCACGCUUAGGACGAAGGUGUUGCGUGCACGCUUUGAGAUUGGGAGCAGGACUAUCGAUCUCUUUAGUGGGGACUUGAAGAUACCUCAGGCGGUCUUCCAGGAGACUUCUUACAUUCUUUCCGAACUAUGCACCGGCUACCUGGACUUCGAUGAGCAGUAUCAACCUGACAUACUCCUCGCUCAAAUCGCAGAAUGCUCGGGAGACUGUCGCAUGUUUUUAGCCGGUCUGCCGGCGCCCGUACAUGUCACGCAGGAGGUCCUGUCAUUCAUGCUGCUCGCAAGACGGGAGGAGAGAGAAGAAGGUUGGAGACGUGUCGGCCUUGCUACGAUUGCUGCAUACGAGCCAGAUUCAUCGUCCUUUGCUUGUCUCACAAAGUUUCAGAUGAAAGCGCUGAAUGGAAGCGUGCACUAUUUCAGCGGCUGA